AUGGAUGAAGCAUCCGAAGAGGUGGCAGUACAGUUGGCUGCACAGGGAGUGAUUGGGAAGAGAGUUUAUAAGAUGGAAUCAGGGUUUAUAAUGGCUCUUGAUUACAUGAUCCAAAUUGCUGAAAAAGACCAUGAUUAUUGUUAUGACUUAGAAUUCGCUAGCCAGGCUGAUGAUCUUCUGGAGACAAUGGAAUCCAGUCCUGUUGUUCCUGAUCGAAAGCUGCUUGCAAGGCUGGUUUUGAUCAGAGAAGAAGGCAGGAAUAUGAUGGAAUGUGGAAUACUAGAUGAAAGAAUUCUUCCUGAAUCUGGGCUCAACUUUUUAACUAAGCUUGUCGCUCUAAGACCAGGGAGAACUUGA